GUGAAUGAAUUUGCGAUAAACUGUAUUUAAUUUGAGAGAGAUUAAUUACAAAAUUAGCAUUGAUGGGAUGCUUUUGUUAUCUCCGGAGGCGCCCAUCUCUAUUUAAAAACUAAUAACUCUCUGUGUGAUAAGACGAGGGAUUGUGGGCAGAGUAAACAAACUAUCCGAAGUCAUCCGGACGAGAUUCUCUCUCUGAUGGAGCAUCAUCAUCAUCGUCUCUCUCCCAAAAGUGAUAACGGAGUGGUGCUGUAGCUAUUCUCUGUUUUUCGGGGGAUUUAUUAGGACAUUUUCACUCGCUCUGGAGCAGCAGGCAGAGAAGAAUGUCCGAUCCUACUAUACAGACGUUUUGCUGCCAUCACAGGAACCCCGCUGAUGGGGCUAUCCUGCUGAUGGGAGAAUUCGGCACCAACAGCUACCUCUUUGUGUGUAUGGUGAGUUCCUUUCUGGGCAUCAUGGGGGCUCACUACCAGAUCUUCAUACGGGGACGGCAACAGAACACCCUUGAGAGGCGAGUCACAGAAUCUGGGAAUUCAUUGAGCUCCAGUGGUCAGAAAGUUAUCUUAUGGCUGGCGAUUGCGGAUUUUUGUGCUUCUCUCGGUGUUUUUGUGCGUUCAGCCAUGUGGAGAUACUUCCAGCCCAUGAUGAUUAGGGAUGAUGAUGCAAGUGUAAUCUUCUGUGCCGUCACAUCGGCGUGGACACAGUACUUUUACACCUGCACCUGGCUGUGGACAUUUAGCUAUGCCAUGAGUGUCCGCAGCUACCUCCGGACUGAGGAAUUCUCCAUGAGACGCUAUCAUGCUGCUGUCUGGUCAAUUGGAGCCGUGCUCACGAGUGUGGGACUCACUGUGCUCUACUAUCCCAAUGCCGAUUGCCAAAAUGUGAAGGAAUUGUGGACAGCCCUCUCGAGAGUUCUGCCUAAUUACUGCGCCACAUACCUUCCCAUCCUCAUUGUAAUGAUUGGCAAUCCAAUAAUCUACAUGGAUGCCAAUAAGCUGAUCAGCAAGAUGUACGUGAUGAAUUUUAUGCGGAUCACCUCGUAUGAGAGACGAGUCAUGACGAGAUUCAAGUGGAAGUUCCUCUUCAUCAACAUUGUCUUCUACAUUUGCUGGCUCCCCAACCUCAUUGGUGGCUUCAUCCUCUGGACCGUGUGGGGCUCAGUCCCGGAGAACGUGAUGAUUGUCAUCUGGUACGCUAUGGCAGCUACGAAUCCUCUCCAGGCCUUCCUCAAUGCUUUCGUUUAUCGACGGUGGGCCAAAUCGUACGCAGAAAGCGUCGCAAACAAUGAGACACGUCGGGAAACCUCCCCACUCCUGGAGAAGCAUCGAAGCUGGCUGAGGCGUCCAGGUGAAGGACCACCAGAAGGGCCAUCGUUGAUACUGAACAAUCCCUCAUCUCACCGCACCAAUUGUUCCUGCUUUUGAAUUUACCCGCCACUUGCUGUCGCGUUGACAGUGGGACUUCCCAUGCUUGUUUUUAUCACGUUUUUUUUAUACAUAACAAAAGAAAAGAAAUUCCUCAA